AUGACUGAUUCCAUCUAUACCGGUGAAGACUUCGAAGACAAAGUCAAAAAGCAAGUCGAGUUUUACUUCUCGGACUCCAACCUCCAACAGGACAAGUUCUUGUGGAGAAUCUACGAAGCCAACGAUGGCUGGGUCGAGUUGAAGACCCUUUUGACCUUUGGCCGCAUGAGACAAUACAGACCGGAAGAGAAGGUUAUUGCCGCUUUGAAGGCUUCCGACAAGCUUGUUUUGUCCGCCAACGAGGACAUGGUGCGCAGAAAGGAUCCAAUCAAGGACUUCAACGAGGUCAAGAACAUCAAAAAGAGAAAUUCCGUUCACAUCGAAGGGUUCCCAUCCGAGACCACGCAAGAGGAGGUCGAGGAGUGGUUUUCCGAGAAGAUCGUGCCUUCUUUGCCCAAGGAACAGGGUGUGUGCUCGAUCCGUCGUAUCAAGAACCGUGCUACCAAGGAGUUUUUCGGUGUGGUUGAUGUCGAGUUCAAGACCUUGGAGGAUGCUGAACACUUCUUGGGUGUUUCUGUCAGCUACCCUGAGGGCAUUGUUGCUGAGAACGAGGUUGAGGGUAAGCAGCAUAUCUUGAAGAAGAUGUCUCUUUUGACCUUCAGAGAGAUGAGAGAGUCCAGCAAGCGUUUCGGUGUCAACGAGGUCACCAAGAGAAGAAACUCGUUCAAGGACAACAACAGAAAGAAGCCUAGAAAGGAUGACAGAGACGAGAAGACCGAGGAGGCCAUCGAGGAGACUGAGGAGAAGGCCGACAAGACUGAGAAGACUGAGGAGGCUACUGCUGAGGCCGAGAAGGCUCCUGAGGCCGAGGCUGCUUCCGAGACCGACAAAGUCGAGGAAUCCGCUGCUGUCGAAGCUUAG